AUGCACUCCCAUAAUCAGCAAGAACGGUCAUUUAGCAAGGCGUCCAGUGAAGUGGUUCGAUCUUUUAUGGCAAGAACCUACCAUUCCGAUAUCAACCUACAUCAAAUAGGCGACGAAAAGUUCGUGACCAAGACAAGUCGACAUCAUAGCGAAGGCGAUUCUCGAGCCCGUCAAGGAUUUCGUAACGAGGUGAUUGCGUUGAAAGUUGCCAAUGAGCACAAUCACAUAGCAAAGAUUCUUGCAUUCGAUCACUGGCACAUGUCCAUGCGUCUCCGGCUGGAAGCUGGCAAGAGCCUCAAUGAAUGGGCCGACGCUGCAAACAUAUCCAUCUUGUCGACAGCAGAGUGUGGAAUGAUAUGCAAGCAGAUGUCUAGCGCUCUAGCAUAUCUUCAUGCAUUGCCCAUUAUCCACGAUGAUGUCAAGCCAGACAAUAUAAUGUGGUGUCGCGAUCUCCAACAUGCCGUUCUUAUUGACUUUGACGCAGCAAUCGUGAUGUUGCCGACCAACUUCAACACGUCAGGAACGCCAAACUAUGCUCCACCGGAAUAUCUCUUGGAGUAUAAAAGCGAAAAGGGCGACAUCUGGGCUCUCGGUAUCACCAUGCUGUUCGCAUUCGGCUACGUGCCAUUGCCCAACGGUGACUGGAUCUUGCCUCAUGCGCUGGCUAGGGAGAGUGGCCCCUACGAGAAAAUGACUGAGUGGUUGGCACAGGUUGAGGCACUACGUGCUGGACUGAUCAAAGCAAAUCCUCUUUUAGCAGAAAUGUUGAACUCUGAUCCUGACCGGAGAGUCAAUAGUCGCGAGCUGUCUCAACGACUUGAGCUGCCGUGA